AUGCGAUUCUCUACAAGCGCUAUCCUGGUGACCGCACUGGGGUGGAUCACCGCCGUGACCGCGCACACUAUCCAGCUCAAGGCUCACUCACGAGAGUGCUUCCACGAGUCCCUGCACCGCGACGAUGUGAUGACCGUCACUUUCCAAGUUGGAGAUCGCGAAUUCGGAGGAAGUGGAAACCUCGAAAUUGACUUCUGGGUUGAGGAUCCUCAGAGAAACCGCCAGUACUUCAAGUCCGCCGCCCCCAGCGAUGAUUACUCGUUCACUGCCCUCUCCGAUGGAAAAUACACCUACUGCUUCAGCAACGAAGGCUGGACCUCGAACUCCAAGGAGGUCUCCUUCAACGUCCACGGAAUUGUCUACGUCCCCGAAUCCGAAAUGUCGAAGGAUCCCCUCGAGACCGAAGUCCGCAAACUUACCGAGGUUCUGUCACAAGUGAAGGAUGAGCAGUCAUACAUUGUUGUGCGCGAGCGUGUGCACCGGAACACCGCAGAGAGCACCAACGGGCGCGUGAAGUGGUGGAGUAUGUUCCAGCUCAUGGUGGUCAUUGCCGAGGGUGUGUUCCAAGUGUGGUGGCUUAAGAGAUUCUUCGAGGUCAAGCGCGUGGUCUAA